AUGUCUACACAAAACCCUUUCAACAAACUUCUCCACCGCCUUCAUCACCCUCAACGCCCUGACCGCGCCCAAAAAGAAUGGACCCUCCAACCACAAUGUCCCCUACUGCAACUUCCCGGCGAGCUGCGGAAUCAGAUCUACGACUACGUCCUCGUCAACGAUACGAGCAAAGACCCCAAUCCCAUGACCGAGUCCGACCGCCUUCCACACAGAAUCGAACUCCGGACCUUGAAGAUCCCAGCCCUCGCCGCCACCUGCCGUCAAAUUCACACCGAAGCCCUCUCCUACUUCUUCCGCCACGCGACCUUCACCUGCAUCAUCAAGAUCGACAGCGCCAUGCGCUGCGACUAUCGCCUGGACGAUAAAUCCCGACGAUGGCUACAGAAGACCGGUGCCUUCGAGUAUAAGAUCCACGACAUCGUGCUCGGCUUUGAACGUGCUGUUCCAGAGAGCGACAAUGUUGUGCGGUUCAAUGCUUUCCACAUGAUUGGUACGGUGGUCAAGGUCAACAGUGCCAUGAUGAAUAGGAACUCACCUAGCUGGAUGGACAAGCUGUUCUUCAAGGUUCGGAAGAGGUGUAUGGAGAAGCCGAAGCACGCGGAGGAGUUCUCGAUUGCUACCAUUGCGUGGUUGAUGGUGCAGUGGGCUUGGGUUCCGACUACGAGGAUUGAAUUGACGACUGGGAGGCUGAGGAUGGGAUGUGCUCGGGUGGCUAAAAAGGUGGGUAUGAAGUCGCUGGCGAAUCUGCUCUGCGUGAAAUGA